AUGUCGUCGGCAGGGGAGGAGGCGACAAGGUCCGAGGGCACUCGUGAGGUCAUGGACGCUGUGAAUUUCAUCCGGGAGCAGGCUGCCAACGCCACUUACGUCGGGGGGGCCGUCAGUUCGGUAGAGUCGAGCUGCGGGAGGGCGGUGAUAGAUUGGGAGAACCCGUCGAUCAAGGACGAGGUUCUCCGCAUGAUUGCUGCGUACCUGCAGGGAGAAGGAUACUCGACGUCUUCCAUGAUGCUGAUGGAUGAAGCGAACAUGCGGAGGGCAGAGGGUAAGAGGGCAGAGCAGGAGUGGCGCACUUGGAGCAAGAAGGUGAAGAAGGCCAUCAUUGAGGGGGAGUGGGCGGAGGUGGAGAAGUUCUGCAACAAGAGCAGCAUCAAGAGCAUGAAGAACUUUCUGUACUGCGUCUACAAGCAGCAGUACCUGGAACUGGUCGACCGCCAGGAGUACCAGAAGGCUUUCACGUACCUGACGAAGAAGCUGAAGCCGUUUGAGAAGCAGCGGGCCAACCCGGAGGAGUUCAAGGACCUGUGCUACCUGCUGACCUGCAAGUCAAUCGCAGACGUGGACAAGGACUGGGAGGGGAUCGCGGCGGCUAGGAUGAGGCUUGCCUCCAUGUUCAACUCGCUGCUCGCCGACUCCGAGGGAACAGACACUGGGUCGGAUCUAAUUGCAGAGGUGCCGCAUGGCCGCAUGCGGAAACUGCUAGAGCAGGCUGUCGAGUUUCAGAUCAGCACGUCGCAUUAUCAGCCCAAGAUUCGACCCCCCAUCACGACCCUCCUCCGCGACUACGAGUGUUUCGUCCUGCCUAAUGCAGUCAAGCACGAGUACAAGGGCCACACGUCCAACGUCAAGUGUGUCGCCUUCAUGGGAGCUGACAGGAAUUAUCUUGUCUCAGGGUCAAGCGAUCAGACUUUGAGGGUUUGGAACAUUGCGGAGCCUCAUGGAGGAGUUUCAACUUCCCUCCUCCUCCGCGGACACACUUCUCGCAUCUGGGACAUCUCCAUCGCAUCUAGCGGAAACAUCAUCUGCAGCGCAUCGGGCGACUCGACGGUCAAGGUCUGGAAUGUCGAGCAGAAACUUGAGCUGCUCAGUGCUGGGAACUCUUCAACAACCCGACGACCUUCGGAGAUGAGGACAUGGCAUCAAGGGAGAAGUUAUGAUUGCGAUCCCUCCGAGACCCUCGUCUCGCACAAGGGAGACGUCUACGCUGUCGCCUGCCAUCCGGAGGAGCCGAGAAUCGUUGUUUCGGGCGGAUACGACCACUAUGUUCGCUUGUGGACAGUUGACAGGACCCAGCCCGUCCGCUCCUUCCGCGGGCACGAGGGCAGCGUCACCUGCCUGGCCUACAGCUCCCAGGGAAACCUCGUCAUCUCCGGCAGCAAGGACGCAUCCGUCCGCUUCUGGGACAUGAACUCCGGCCUGGAAGUCAACAGAGCUUGUAUCUCGAUCUGA